UUAUUUGUAUUUCUGCACACAGAAUGCAAUCUGCCAAACAAGUUACCCUGUAGAUCCCUUAAAGAUUGGCGCUGGGAAACCAUUUGUGUUGUCAAAAAUAAAAGAACCUACAAGGGAUACAAUUAUGAACUGUGAUACAUACAGCUGUGCCUCUAUUAAUUGUGCCCUGAUCCCAUCUGACGUAUAUCAAGUCAAUGUUUCAUUAAGAGUAUGGAAACCUACCAUCAUAAAAGCCAGUAUUCAUAGCUUAACCCUCGUUGUGAAAGCGUUGCUUAGGAGUGAGAACUCAUCACUGAUUUUGAGAAAUGACCAUCAAAAACUGGAGACCAUGAUUAAGAUUUCCAAAGAGCACCCACCGGGUACAGUCCCAUUAUGGGUUAUCCUCUUGAGUAUCUUUGCCGGGCUCUUGAUUCUUGCACUGCUUAUAUUUGCUCUGUGGAAGGCUGGAUUUUUCAAAAGGCCACUAAAGAAGAAAAUGGAUCUUUUCUGCAGGCUGGAUUUUUCAAAAGGCCACUAA